CCCGUGUUGGCUUCAGUUUUACAGCAGUGGAGCACCUCUAGCUCUCUCUCUCUCUAUAUCUAUACUCUCUCUCUCUCUCUCUCUCUCUAUACAGGCAUGCAAACCCUAGCUCCUCCCCAAUCAAAUUCCACUUUUAACCCUCUUACCUCACUCCACCUCCAUGAAUCCUCCUCCUCCUUCUUCUGUUCAUCACAUCUCGCUUCGUCUUUGAAUUAUCUCUCACAUGGCGGUGUCCGACAUCGAAGCGGUGCUGGAGUUCCUGAGGAGGAACGGCUUGUCAGAUUCCGAAUCGGCGCUCAUGGAGGACGUCCUUGAGAAGCCGGAAUUGCGAUCCUUUGAUUUCGAGAAGUUUCUGUUUCCGAUGGUCCCGCUGCCGCCGCCGUUGAAGCUUCCCGGCAGCCGGCGUCAACCGGAGGAGGAUGCUACAGCCGAUGUUGUUGAUUCCGGCGGCGAUGAUUCUUCUGAGGAGUUCGUUAGCUUGGGUUCUUCCACCACUGAUUUAUGUUCUUCAGAGUUCACUAAUCCAUAUGGCAUUCGAACAACCCGGGUAAGCUCCCAAGCUUCGUCGGAUCGAUUAUCUCAAUUUGGUACAGCUCGUGAUUACCAUGAAUUUGAUAUGCAAAAUGAUCUGUACUGGUACAAUGAGAAAGAGGAAGAUUAUACCAUGCCUCCUCGCUUUGAUAGGUCAGACUCCUUUGUUUGCCCAAGUGAGGACAAGUUUGUCAUGACUUUAGGGACAGAUAAGCAAAUUGAUGAUGAUGUAGUUUUAAAUGAUAUAUCAAAAGGAUUUGACACUGUAGAGAGUUCUAACUUGGACAAGUGGCCUUUCAGUAUGUCCUCCACAGACAAUGUAAAUAAGGUUCACUUCAUGAAUUAUCACGUGGAGGAAAAUGUACAAUAUGAAAGAAGUCUUGAAAAGGAAAAAGAGGGUCACAGUGUCUAUUGCUGUUCUGUGCCUCUUUGUGAAUGCUGCAACGAAGGUGGACGCUUUCUUGAUCAGGAUUCCAAGGACCAGAGUCUCCAAAAUCUGAAAGUUGCAGAUGUAAAUGAUUUUAAACAAAAGAGGAGCUUCAGGAAUGAUUGCACCAAAGAGUUUGCAAGUCCCAAUGACUUGCAUGUUCCUAUUGCUGAGAAAGAUUUCCUACCUGAAGGAAAUGACGACUAUGAAGGAAAACAAGGAAGGGAGACAGCUGUAGAUGCUGAUCAACUAGAUGGUGCUGCUGAUGAUGAGGAGUGUAGCACUACAGAUGAGCUUUUGAUGCAUGAUAUAAAUGAAGAUGAAUAUGAAGUAUUCAAUCUAAGAAUUAUCCACAGAAAAAACAGGACUGGAUUUGAAGAAAACAAGGAUCUGCCUAUUGUUCUAAAUAGUAUCAUUGCGGGUAGAUAUUAUGUCACAGAGUACCUAGGCUCAGCUGCUUUUAGCAAAGUUGUUCAGGCACAUGAUCUGCAGACAGGAAUUGAUGUUUGUUUGAAGAUCAUUAAAAAUGACAAGGAUUUCUUUGAUCAGAGCUUAGAUGAAAUUAAACUUCUAAAGUUUGUGAACAAGCAUGAUCCUGCUGAUGAUCGCCAUAUUCUGCGUCUAUAUGAUUACUUCUAUUAUCAGGAGCAUCUAUUCAUUGUUUGCGAACUACUUCGGGCAAACUUGUAUGAAUUUCAAAAAUAUAAUCAAGAAUCUGGUGGAGAGCCUUAUUUUACAUUAAGCAGACUGCAGUUAAUAACCCGGCAAUGCUUGGAGGCAUUGGAGUACUUGCAUUACCUGGGCAUCAUCCAUUGUGAUCUUAAGCCUGAGAAUAUCCUUAUCAAAAGUUACAGGAGAUGUGAGAUAAAGGUUAUUGAUCUUGGAAGCAGUUGCUUUCUAACAGAUAAUUUGUGCCUGUAUGUACAGUCUCGUUCCUACAGGGCUCCUGAAGUCAUCCUUGGCCUCCCAUAUGAUCAGAGGAUUGACCUUUGGUCACUUGGUUGUAUCUUGGCUGAGCUGUGCUCUGGUGAAGUGCUUUUUCCAAAUGAUGCAGUUGUAAUGUUGCUUGCACGCAUGAUUGGGAUGCUUGGGCCAAUUGAUAUGGAGAUGUUAGAGAGGGGGCAGGAGACAUACAAGUAUUUUACCAAAGAUUAUGAUCUUUAUCAUAUAAAUGAGGAUACGAACCAACUGGAGUACAUAAUUCCUGAGGAGUCAUCGUUGGAGCAUCAUCUUCAGGUUGCUGAUGUCGGAUUCUUUGAUUUCAUAAGGCACUUACUUGAGAUAAAUCCCGAGAGUCGUCCAACCGCAAAGGAGGCCUUGGAACACCCCUGGCUCUCUCACCAGUAUGAGCCUAAACCGUGCUGAAUUCAUGGUGAAAUGGUUGUUUCUGUGUGUUCAAGUCAAUACCAGUCGGGAGGAGUUAUUUUGCUGGAUGACAUUCUUCUAACAGCUCCAAGGCCAAUACACAUUUCUGGUCCAAGUUCUGGUCAGUAUAUAUGCAGACAAACACUAUAUCGUCGUCGUCGUCGUUGUGUGUGUAUGUAUCAUCUGUUCAACAUUCUUUUUGUAGUCCUCUGUGGAAGGGGGUUUGGCGGGAUAGGAUAAAUGGGAAAGGAAACGUUUGAAUAAUGAUUUUGAGGUUUGAAGUUUGUCUGGAGUUCUCUUGUGUAACUAUACCUUCUUGUGAAGCGGAAGAUGACGGUUUUUUGGGUGAGAAAUGCUGAAGCUGGUGAUCCUCCAUAAACUUCUGGUAAUUUUAUUGGGUAAGAGCAUAAAACCAUAAAUAACUUAUGUACAAAAUGAUGUUACUCAUUGAUAACUAUCCAUUGAAAAAGUAAAAAAAAAAAAAAACAUAAUUAUAUUUAUCAGCUGGUAACUCAGUGGCUGACACAAGUUUGACAUAUUACCUUGCGGGUUUGAUUCAUGGUCAACCCUCUUUAUGCUCAGAUGGUUUGACGUAUAUAGUUCAUUAGUUUAAGUUGAGAACACUGGUGAUCUUACUAAAGCUUAUCUUAAAAUUCUGUGGUGGGUUUAUAUUCAUGAAAA